AUGUUUUCCCGCGGUGGGGCAACAAAGCAGACCUCCUCGGUGCAGGAGCAACUCCUACAGCUUCUCCAGCAGCAGGUGGCUAUAGAGGAACGGCUGAACGGGCAGCGUGCCCUAAUGCAGCGUAUCACGGAGGGGUUUGCGGUUCUGCGUGAGUGGGCCACUCGCCACGCCCACAAUGACCUCUCCCUGCAUGACCUUCUUGUGCUGGAGGCGUACGGUGGCAACAGGUCGUGUCGCAGCGCAGCGUCACCAAGCAGGAAGAAGGAGGAAGCGGAAGAGGAAGAGGAAGUGGACGGGGACAAGAGCAACCGAGGUGAACCUCAGUCUCGGGGGUCGGGCAACCCAGCGUGGCAGCAGCAGCAGCUGCUGCUGCUGCGGGGGGCAAAUCGGGCGUACCGUUCAUUCAUACGAGCACGUGUGUUGGAUGAGGGGUGUGCGACGCCAGACAGCCCUGUGCAGUUUCACACUCUUACAGCAGACUCCUUUUAUCUUCUUCUCCCGCACUUGACAGAGAUGUUGCAGGAGAUUGCGGGCCCCACGCCUGGAGCUGCCCGUAUGGAACCGACGGGUGCGUCUGUUUCACGCAUGUGUUCUCUGCAGCCGCCCUCAUCGCCAUUGUUGUCGCCGUCAGGCUCACAUUUUUACACGUCUGCGACCGAGUGGUGUGCGUCCCUCGCUCGCGUGUUGCGCUUUCUUGAGCUUGGGUUAAAGCACUUUUCAGAGGUGCUGGAGAACAGUCGUCUGCGACCUUUGCUGGCGCAGAGCUUGGCACAGCUACAAGCGCGUGGGAGGGACUGCGGCCACACAAGAGAGGAGGCGGUGCUGCAGUUGUGCCAGCGUGCAGGUGCGUUGCGUGAGCAACUGCACCGCCUCGCUGUGGAGGACAGCCACAAAGACGACUAUGAGAAUACGGCGGCCCACUACAGUGGCCUUCAUUUGGCAAACCUGCGGUAG